AUGGAGAAAAUUGCGCCUUUACGAUUAGCUGAGAAGUGGGACAAUGUCGGUCUUCUUGUCGAGUCUCCUGUAUCCCGUUCAGAUGCAAGACAAGUGCUCCUGACUAUCGAUUUGACGACUGCCGUUUGCAAUGAAGCUCUUUCAACACAUGCUUCCACGAUAAUUGCAUAUCAUCCUCCGCUUUUCAGACCACUUUCAUCUCUCACAAUGUCCAACCCCCUACAAGCAUCUUUACUGCGAUGUGUGGCCGCUGGUGUCUCCAUUUACAGCCCUCAUACUGCCGUCGACUCGGUCAAAAAUGGCGUCAAUGACUGGCUGGCUUCGGCGUUCAACAAUGUAGAAUCUGUCGAAACUAUCUCUCAAGCCGAUGGUGAAGAGGAAGGGACAGGUAUCGGACGACUUGUUCGCUUGAAUAAGCCCUUGCAGCUACAGGACAUCUACCCUCUGGUUAAAAGACACUUGAACCUUCAGCAUCUUCAGGUUGCAAAAGGGAGCACUUCUGAUAUCAAGACCAUCGCAAUCUGCGCAGGUUCAGGAGGCUCUGUCCUCAAAGGAGUACAGGCCGAUCUCUAUUGGACAGGUGAACUGUCUCAUCAUGAGGUACUUGCUGCUGUUGCAGAGGGAAGAAGUGUGGUUUUAUGUGGCCAUAGCAAUACUGAGCGCGGCUAUCUCGUCCACCUCAAGGAGAGGCUUGAAUCCGAAUUAGCUGGAGGAGGCGACACGCUGGAGAUCAAAAUAUCUCAAGAAGAUAAAGACCCUCUGGUUGUUGUCUGA